AUGACGUCCUUCAAUCAACCCGGAGACACCAAGUUCACCGUGUUUAUUCGCCUUCCCUUCCCCAGGGGUGACUUUGUGGAUCCUCCUCCGGUGGAAUGGAACGCCGCCAAAGAUCAGGCUCUUUGGAAUAUUCUCUCGCGUCCUUCAAAGGGAGAUGAUUUAGACUGCAUUACUGAUAAACUUUGUAGGGCAGAUCAUUUCGAUGUGACAUUGCAGUUUCUGCUUCAACAGGCAGCAUGGCUCUACGAUCGGCAGCUGUCACAAGUACGUGCACAGAUGAGUAGAGUGCCCACCACACAGUCAACGUCUACAUCUCCUGCUCCUGGUUCAGUGUCGGGUAGCACGGCGCUGGGCCAACAGACGAAAGGUGCCACCAAUGCAGGUCCUCGAGCCCCGUCGCGCCUCUCGUCACAGCAGAAAGAUAGUCUUCCACAGCGUGCUCCCAUUCCCCGACGCACCAGCUCAACAACCACAGUCAAUCAAGUUAAGACUGCUCGAGACCCAGUCCGCAACGAUACUCCUGUUGCAGAGCCAAGAGAGCCUAGACGAGAAAGCUAUGCCAGUAGACCAUCUGCCGGCAAACGGGAGCAAGCUGCAGCGCCCCCGGCUCCGAAGUCUCCCCCUCUAGAAGAUGACACAACUUCUAGUUCAUCCGAGUCUGAAUCCGAUGACGACAACGCCUUUGGAAGUCGUCGUGGUCUAAGAUUCAAGCCCCCCUUCGGCAAAUUCUCCACACAUAGGGCGGGCCUGAGGUACGACGAGGAGGAUGACGACGAGUCCCCGGCUUUCCUGCCAGAACCUGAAAGGGCGUCGCACGAAGCAUCUGGGCAGGAUCUCAAUGCUACGUUGAGAAUGAACGCCGAGGAUGUCUCUGAGUCACAUCGACGCCCAUCGGCACAAAUGAUUUCCAGAACUUCAGUCACGACCGAAUCUUCCGCAAGCUCUGCUAGCUCCGGAGUCCCAGUUGCACAUCCACAAUCUGAUAGACGGCGACGGUUGAAUCAAAGCGGAGGGCCAUUGAGUCCUAGACGGACGGGGGAAUUGGCACAUUUUAGUCCACGACAAUCUAUGGCUCUAAGGCGAGAGGCAAGUGACGGGACGCCUAGUAUGGGCAGCAGUUUUAGUGACCUAGAUGAUGCGAGCGUCACACAGUCCGCGCUUGAGGAAGCACUUUUGAGCAAUAUUCAGCACGGUGGCAUGGCCAGUCGCAUGAGCACAAUUAGUCAGGCGAUUCGUAGUCGAUAUCUAGGACGGACGGAGGAUCGGUUCUCGUAA